AUGAACAAGCCAGCAGCAGCUGCAGCCAGACCUCAUAGUCAGCCAUGCCAAAGAGUAGCCCCUUUCACUAGUGUGCUCACCUUAGUUGUGGCUGGUGAUUGCAGCCAGCCAGACUGGGGGUCACUCUUUCCCACCAGUGUACUCACAGCAGAUGUGGCCCAGUCACAAUUUGGUCCUAUGCCCAUGUGCACCUGUUUAUCCAUGCCCAAACAGUGUCAUGUAGAUUGCAAGAGAUGCAAGCAAAGUUAUAAUCUGAGAAGCAUGAGGAAACUGUGCAAGAAGGUAGCAGUGGAAAUAAAGAAACUUAAAUAUGGCAGUUGCAUAUUCUUUGAAAUAAGCAUCUUAACUUCCUUUCUGCUGUGGCCUGAGUGGCUGGUGUCGAGAUGGGCUGGUGUCAGGAAGGUGGUGCCAGUCUGGACCAGACGCUAUUCUGGACACAAAGCGGUCAUUGUGAAGAACAUUGAUGAUGGCACCUCAGACCAUCCCUACAGCCAUGCCCUGGUGGCUGGAAUUGACUGCUAUCCCUGCAAAGUGACCGCUGCCAUGUGCAAGAAGAAAAUCACCAAAAGGUCAAAGAUCAAGUCUUUUGUGGAAGUUUAUAACUACAGUCACUUCAUGCCCAUAAGGCACUCUGUGGAUAUCCUCUGGGACAAGACUGUGGUCAAGAAGGAUGUCUUCAGAGUCCUUGCUCUUAAAUGCAAGGCCCAACAAGAGGCCAAGAUCAAGUUCAAGGAGAGGUACAAGAUCAGCAAGAACAAAUGGUCCUUCCAAAAGCUGUGGUUUUAGAUAUGUUCUGUUCCAGUCAUUAAAAGUA